CGGGGCCGUCCGAACGCGGAAGCGGAGUGGCUCACGUGGGGGCCGGGAGGGAUCUGUCUAGGUUCCGCGGCCGGGUUCUGGCCAGUACCCGACUGGGAAUCCUGGCCUUUCCUGUAUCUGAGGGGGUGGACCGGGGGCAGCCUUCGGGUCCCCUUCACCCGCUUUGGGGGCCUGGGAGCGGGCCCCGGCGGGGUUGACCACUCCUGAGGACGCAGCUGGGGCAUCGACCAUGGCACUGCUCUCGGCCGUCGGCGGCGCGACCUGGCAUUGCUGCGGUCGCCUCCUCACGCGUCCUUUCUCCCAAGCGGCGGGGCGUGGGGAGCGGCCCGGCGGGGAGGAGCUAAGCCGCCUGCUCCUGGAUGACCUGGCGCCGACUCCGCGGCCGGCCGUGGGGCUGGAGCUUCUGUUUGGCCUGUCCCCGUGUCUCCUGGCUCUGCGGGCCGCCCGCCGCCGCGUGGCCCGGCUCCUGCUCCAGGCCGGUAGGUCCGGGCUGCAGGGGGAGCGGGCCGAGCUGCUGCGCGCGGCUGAGGCGCGGGACAUCCCGGUUCUGCGGCCCAGACGGCGGAAGCUGGACGUCCUGUGCCGCUACCAGGUCCACCAGGGCGUCUGCAUGGAAGUGAGCCCGCUGCGGCCCCGGCCCUGGGCUGAGGCCGGGGAGGCUCGGCCAGGAGACGACCCCCAGCAACUGUGGCUCGUCCUCGAGGGGCUACAGGAUCCCCGGAAUCUUGGGGCCGUGCUGCGCUCCGCUCAUUUUCUCGGAGUGGAUAAAGUCAUCACCAGCCGGAGAAAUAGCUGCCCGCUCAGUCCUGUAGUCAGCAAGGCCAGCGCCGGGGCUAUGGAGGUGAUGGACGUGUUCUCCACUGAUGACCUUGUCGGUUUUUUACAGGCCAAAGCCCGGCAGGGCUGGCUCGUGGCUGGCACGGUGGGCUGCCCGGGGCCUGAGAUCUCCCUGUCUUCCGAGAUCCCCAUCACUAGUUGCUUGGAGUUCCUCUGGGACCGGCCUACUCUUCUAGUGCUGGGGAACGAGGGCUCUGGUCUGUCCCCGGAGGUGCAGGCCUCCUGCCAGCUUCUCCUUAGCAUCCGGCCCGGCCGGCAGCUGCCUCCUGGACUUGAAUCCUUAAAUGUCUCCGUGGCUGCAGGAAUUCUUCUUCACUCCAUUUGCAGCCAGAGGAAGGGUUUCCCGGUGGACGGGAAGAGAGAGCAAACUCUUCAAGACCCCCAAGAUCCCUCGGCCUCGUCUGAAGUGCCCAGAGUGGCUCAGCACCCAGGGCUGUCCUCGGGAUGAGAAAAGGAGAGGCAAGACGGGGGCUGACUUGGACUGUCCGAGGCCCUGCGUGGAAGUCAAGGGGAAGUUCAGACAUCAGAAGGGAAUCAAGCGGCCCAGUCCAGGGGUCCUCUUCCUCUUGGACCAGCGUGAGAAUGUAGAGGGAAGCCCGGGGCUCUCUUGUGGGCCAGACAGGUGCAAAUCCAAGCUCAAACCCUGCCCUACUGGGGCCUUGCGCACAUGGCUUCAUCUUUUUGUGUCUCGGGGCCCUUGUCUCCACCUCUCUCGCAGGGCUGUUGUGAGAAUCCAAUAAAACAUCACCUGGUAUCCAGCAGUCCCUCAA